ACAGGUCUUUUAAGAGUCUUUAAAGCAAUCACGUCAGAGUAUUCCACCACAGUGAUGUAACACUAUUCGAUGUGUUUCCAGUAGGUCUCCGUGCUCUUUGGUCACGGAUCAGAUGGGUUUAUAAAAGGACCAAGGCUCAAUCCGUCUGCGCCUCCCUUUUGGUGUCUUCUUAACAUUGCCGCACACACAUACACACACACUCUCUCUCUCUUCGCUUUGUGCAGUAGCUGUUAACUCCACUGGGAACCUCACAGCACACUGGCAGACAGACACAUCAGGAAACGCUCUAAAUAGAGAAGAACGCCGCACGAUUGCUUCUGACCGGAAUACAACAUCUCGCGAAACAAACGAAAUACACAUUUGAAGAAGGAUGACAGAGGUGAUGAACACCUGUGAGCCGGGCAUGGAGGACUUCAGUGUGCCUGCUGCCACUGGAAACCCAAGCAUCUCCUUCCAGAUCUUUCCGGACUCCCACGAGAGGUACCCCAAACUGUCCAAGCGCCUGCCGUCCAUCGUGGUGGAGCCCACGGAGAGCGGCGAGGUCGAGAGCGGGGAGCUCCGCUGGCCCCCUGAUGACCUCAGCUCCGCAGACAUCCCCGGGGAGACCCCGCCGCCUUGCUGCAGCCAGGCCUCGCCCCCCAAACACAGCCAGAUGACAGAUAAGGAGCUGAGUCCGGACAGCGAGGACAGCCAGGGAGAGGCCGGGGCUGUGGGCGGGGACUCCAACUAAUCCGUGUGACCACCACCCCUCCAGCUUUCACUGUGAAUGUCUCCAGACAGGCAGGAGCGAGGAAGAGAGGCGGGGCUCUGGCACUGGAGCGGCCAACCCCAGCGGGUACAUUUCCGUUCCUCUUGGUGGUGCACAGCUCUGUAAAACUGUCUUAAAUAGCUCACUUGUGCCAAACUCUGGUGGUAGCUAGCUACAAAUAGUUUGUACAAACACCUGGCUGUUGUUGGUUUUUAUUAUUAUUAUAAUUUACAUGCAUAUCCAUCUAUUUGAUACCCUUUUCAGUUUAUUUUUUUUUCUCCUGAAUUUUUGUUGUUCAUAGCCAUUAAUUGCUUUGAUAUUUACACACAGAUUUAUAUUCACAAUUGUGUGUGUUGUGUACACUGGCAUUUAAAAAAUAUCUGCCUCUGAUGCUGACCUAGAAUGCUCCGGGUGCUUCUUCUGUACCAACCUGAGCCUGCUGCUGAGGUGUAGAAUGUGUAUGUCGCUCUCGUUGUAUUGAUUUAAUGCAGGAUGCCUGCUCAUUUCUGGCAUUAAAAAAAAAACAUACCACUCUGUAUACUGUACAUCUGAUUUUGAAAAGCAGUAUUUUAAAAGAAUUUACUUACUAUUAAUUCCAAACACAUUCCAAAAUAUUAAGCACAGUGACAACAAAACUAUAAUCAAAUUCAGAACAAAAAAAACAAACCUUUCCUCUAACCGUUCUUCCAACUGACUUGAAUAGCAUUGUGUUACACUGGACUGCUGCAUUAAAAAAUCUCCUAUGUAAUGGUGUUGAAAUAAUGAGAAUGGGGGGCUAUGGCAGGGGUCAAAAUAAGACCUGUAUUUAAUUAUGUUCAUAUUUAAUGGAGGGGUAGGCACUUUGUAACUUUUGAAAAAUUGAUAUCUUGCACAAAAGCAGUCUGUCUACUGCACGAUGUCUGCUUCCAUCUCUGCAACACACAAGCUUCUCCUUUGCUGUAGUAGUUGCCAUCUGUGGUCUUGCAGUCAACCCGUGUGCAUUUAACGCAUAGGUUUUUACUCCCUGUUCGGACAUAGGCACUGCUCACUAAAGACGUGCUAUCUCUGCUGGUGAGCCUGAAACCGGUGGUUCUUGGGUGUUGUUUUGCUUUAGAGAGACUUUCAGAGGGCAGAAAUUAGUAAUAAAGAAUAAUAUUGACCACGUAAGUAAUAACUUCUCUUUGUAUUAUAGGAAAGUAAAUGUCUAUAAAGUAAUAAUUCACUUAUUAAGUCUUAUUUGAUAUUGGAUAGACAUGCAUUUUCUUUCAUUGUCACAGAAAAUAAAUAAUGAUAUUUUAAAUUUGUAUUAAAUAUACUACAUUGUUGACCAAUAUGAAUUGUACAAACACCCUCCUCAACAUCUGUAUAUGUUGCUAUAAAAUGAGGAUAACUUUAUAAUAAACUCUGGUGUUGAAUAGA